UUAAUUGUAACUGAAAUUAAGCGCAUAUUUCACAAUUUUGUUUUCAUUUUACUGUGUCGCGUGUCAUCACAAAUACCUUAUGUCGAGCAGAAUGAUGGUGAUAUUGACGAUGCUCUUCUUUUUACAGUCAUUCGCCACAAUUUGGACUGCACCAGUAGCAGAUAUUUUUUUUCCCGAAUCACCACCACCACCGCCACCACCAAUGCUGCUACCACCACCAAUACCAUUCAGUUUUCCUCAGUUUCAACCAUUUCCACCGUUUCCACCAUUUCCACCGAUUGCAUCGCCAUUCAAUGAACCCAGUCCAACUGUGGAGUCUGAACAAAAUUUCUCCGUUUUCGAUUCAGGGUACCAAUCCGAUUUUGAACGUGAAACAAUUUAUUGAGGCACUUUGGCAUUACACAAUAAUUUAUUUGUUUUAUAGUAUUGUAAAAACAAAAUAAAAAAAA